AUUUGUACCUAUUCUGUUCAGUCUUUGUGCUCUUGGUUCCAUAGGUUCAGUCACUGCCUACAUACCGUAUGUAAACGUACUAUUGACACCAUGUUCAUGAUGCACAUCUGACUUUCGUGUCAUCUCCACUAGAAUUCCACUUUCGCCAAAGAAUGGAAAGGUUCUCAGUACACCGGCUCGAUACCACAAGCUAAUGCAGAAGUAUGGUUUGGAAGGAACUCUGCAAAAAAGAGGUGAUGCUGAUAAAACCGGCACAAUUGAGUAUACUGACAAUUUUUAUGAUGUGGAUUACGUUGGCACAAUUGGCAUUGGUACUCCACCUCAAGACUUCAUCAUGGACUUUGAUACAGGAUCUUCCGACGUAUGGAUUGGAACCGAAAAUUGCAGUAGCUGUCGUCCAAGCCAAAAAUUCGACACUAACCAGUCAACAACCUUCCAACUCGAUGGGUUCCCUUGGAAACUGCAAUACGCAGAUGGUUCCGCUGUAUCGGGCCUUACCGCUGAGGAUGCCUUUACCCUCGGCGGUUUGUAUACUAUGAACCAAACUUUAGGUUUAGCAGAAAAUGUCACGGGGACUUUUGCAACCAGCAAUAUCACCGAUGGCAUUUUUGGAUUAGGGUUUCCGUCUCUCAGCUACACUGGUGCAUUGAUGGCACCGGUUGUUCAGAUGCAGAAACAGGGCGUGAUCGAUGAUGCCGUCAUUGGAAUUUGGCUUGGCCGUGCACGAGAAGGCGGAGGUGGCGAACUGACCAUUGGCGGUAUUAAUUCAGCCCAUUAUACUGGGGAAAUACAGUAUCUUACUGUUCCUGUCAAGAAAUACUGGCAGCUCAACAUGUCCUCUAUCGGCAUCAACCAAAAGACAUUCGAUUAUAAAGGUUCCUCAACCAUUGUCGAUACCGGAACUACCCUCAUCAUUCUACCAAUGAACCUCACACAAGAUAUCUAUAGCGAAAUCCCAGGGACUCGCUUCAACAGCACCGCUGGCUACACCAUUCCAUGCAACUUGUCUCAGUCUACUGAGCAAAUAACCUUUACAUUGAACGGUUUGCCAUUCCCUAUUAAUGUUGCUGAUAUCGUUAGAGAAGAGGUCGGCGAUGGUUAUUGUAAUUCUGGAGUUGCAGGAACAACUAGUGAAUUCACCAUCCUCGGCGAUACCUUUUUAAAGAGCUAUUACGCUGUGUUCGAUUAUGGAGUCAACACCAUCGCCAGAAUCGGCCUUGCUCCAUCUAAGCGUUAAAUUAGAAGCUUCAUAGAUGUACAUCCAAAUUUUAUAUAACUAAUCCACUAUUCUAUUUGGUUUGAGCAGAUAAAUUACGUGAAAUAUAUGAUAAAAAGCUUCUGUAUUUUUUAUUUUACAUAUUCUUACAUAUUCCAGCGGCGUCUAACAGCGACAGGAAUUAACGCAACCACUGCAACAGCAAUGAGGCAGAUAAUGUUGAGUGGAGUGAAGAUUUGGAGUUCAUCAGAGGACGAUAAUCGAUCCAGUGCAGCACCAGCUUGUACGUGGAUGAAAGAUGGACCAGCCACAC